GCCGUGGAUCUUUUCGUCUCCAAACUCACCUCGAAUGCAAGCAGCUAUGCAGUUGUUAAACUUUGCAUCAUGUUGGACCUCGCCCCCGGUAAUGGUGGUGCACUAAGGCGAGGUGAGGGAAAACACUGAUUGCUCUGCUGCCUCCUUUCUCUGCCUCAGCUCCAAGAUAGAUAUCGCUCCGGCAGCUACGUAGCCUCUGAGUGGGAGGGACUGCCCAUCUUCCAGCAUUUCCAUUGGUUUUACAUUCUGCACGGCAGAAAGGGGGGUGCCUCUAAUCAUAUCCAGCAUGUUUUGCACAAGAAAUGUCAGCCAGAAAGGGCUAUCUUCUUCCUUCGCCAAAAUACACCACAAUAAUGUCAUGUUCGGACAGCCCGUCAGGAAAUGCGUUUUUAGUGGAUUCUCUGAUCAGUGGCCGCAAUGAAAGCGCCGGAGGUCACUAUGGGAGCGCGGUGUGCGUGCCUCACAGCACUGCUACCGAAGUGCCUUACGGACUACACAACUAUGGAUACUUCCCAGGUAUGGGUAAGCGAAGCGAAGUGGGUCCUCCAAACAUGGUUUCCGCCUCUGGCCCGUACAUGCCCAGCAUGGAGAUGUGGAUGGACGCGCAGAGGUCAUGUCGAAUGGACCAAGAGCACCCGGUGGGUCCCCAGGUCGCGCCCUGCUCAUUCCCGCAGAAUAUUAAGGAGGAGAGCACCUACUGCCUGUAUGAGCAGCCAAAGUGUCCUAAAGCCUCCACCGCGGAAGAUCUCACUUAUUCGAGGUUAACAACAGCUGGCCUAGGUUCGAGUUCUUGUACAGUUACCGAUGGCGGCGGCGGGGGCUCAGUGCCUGUGCCGGGCUACUUCCGCUUGUCUCAGACGCACGCACAUUCUCAUAAACUUUACAACACUAACGGCCCCCAGCCGAACCCUUCCCAUUCUCAUUUUGGCCUACACCCCAUUGCUCCCGCUCGCUUCAACACGCCACCAACCUCGACUUCUGCUCCAGCCACGGCGCAGGAGGGGAGGAACACCGAGGAGCCUGUGUCCUCGGGAAAAGCAGACCUGCAGCCUCACGCGGCACCGGGAAGCGACGAGGCACGCGAGUCCUCGGAUGCAGAAGCCUCCUCAGCCGACGAGACAGAAGAGCAUGCCAAAGAGAGACCAUCAAAGACCACCAAAGGAGACGCAAAAAUUCAUAGCACGGCCAACUGGCUGACAGCAAAAAGUGGCCGGAAGAAACGCUGUCCAUACACCAAGCAUCAGACUCUGGAGCUGGAGAAGGAGUUCCUCUUCAACAUGUACCUGACCCGAGAGCGCCGCCUAGAGAUCAGUAAAGGCGUCCACCUGACGGACAGACAGGUUAAAAUCUGGUUCCAGAACCGCAGGAUGAAACUGAAGAAAAUGACGCGGGAAAACAGGAUCCGGGAGCUCACAUCCAACUACGGAUUUUCAUGAUGAACAAGGUGAUCAAAUUGAAAUAGAAGAUGUUUGGUGAAAUCAAUGACACCCUCCCUCCUCCAGCACCCCCACACCCUUCCUCACCACUCUGUCCACCUAAGACUCAUUUCACUGUGGGGUACUACUUUCUUGUAUUUCCAGACACGCUUAAAGUCGAUGCAUCGUCCUCUGUGCGCUAUAUUGAGAAUAAGAAAAUGGGGAAAAAUUGAAUGUAGAGUUUUAUUUGAUUGUUUUCUGAUAUUGUGUUUUUGUAUCGUCUACCUGUUUCUGUCCCUUCUGUCGUAUGGUUGGAUAGUGUCGUCAGUGGAGUUAAAUUAACGCAAUUUAAAAACAUUGUGCACUUGAAGGUGGCUUAAAUGUUCCACUUUUCCCCAAACCGCUGGCAAAUAAUCCUAAAUUUAUUCAAACAAAUAUUAAUUUGUUUUAUUUUAAUUUGAAUUGCAUGAUAUUAUAUUUUCCUAUACAUUUAUUUUGUAGUUAUUCAAUCACUCUGGAAUAUAACACCCAUGUACCACAAGGGAAGAAGAAGAAUUCACCUGUGAUCAUUAGAUGUAUAGUCCACCAUGGUAUAGGCCUAUUCUAUGUACGAGCUAAAUGUAUGAGUCGGAUCUUUAAUCACGUUGAGGACGUUUACACGAAAAAGGUGUGCAAAGUGAAAUAGGAAUGUUUCUAUUGUAUAUUUCUGUGUACAUAUUGUGUUUUUUGUGUAAUGCUUAAUAAAUU